AUGGAGGAGAUUCUAUCCCAUUACAUAUCUGACGAAGACUUUGUCAAAAGCUUCGAGAAGGCGACGACCUCCAGAAACCAUGACCGAGCUGUCCGAGACCUGGUUUCCCAAGCACUAUCUGCAUUCUCUAACCAGAACUGGGACGAGUUGCACGAGACUGCACGGAGACUUCGUUGGGUGCAGAUGUGGAACUUUGCUCUCGAGGCGUUUACCGUUGUCACUCGAGGCAAGUUGAAGAUAUUCGGCAAAACCAACCAAACAUUCAAAAGUACCGUUAGCUUGGCGGACGCUCUCCGAGUCACCGCAUGCAACAUGGAGCAAGACAACUGCCGAAGACGUCGGAACGAUGUCCUCUCGCUAUUCCGAGAAGCCCUAAAUGGAACCCAAGAUGAGUCGCUGCUCCAAGAAGCUCGUAUGAGACUUGGCAGUUUCUACACGGAUAAGGGAGAGUAUGAUGCGGCACGAAGUGAACUUCAACAUGCAGAAGCGUACAAGAACACCAGUCGAACUCAACUUUUCGAACUCCGAAUGACUUGGAUAGACAUCCCGAUCAAUCAGGAGCAGUUCCUCGAAGCUGAAGAGGCCUUUGAAAACUUGCUUGGAGAUCUUUCGAAGUCUGAUGUGGAUAGGCUCAUUCGAAACACUGCCUUAGAUAGGUACGCCAACGUACUUGUGAAUAUCAAAUGGAAGGCGGCUGGGAAGGCAGAGGAUUCCACCUUGGAGGGACCCGACUUGCGCAAGGCACACGACAUGUAUCACGAGUUAUUUAACUUCUACAGUGGCAUGAGCGACAUCGUCGGCGUGAGCGGCAUCGCCAACUCGUCGCUUCCCUAUCUUUCUAUCCGCGUCGUUCAUUACGGCAAUCAAAUGCGGGUUAUGAAAAAGAGGAUGGAGGAGCUCAAGACAAAAUGA